AUGCGUCUCAUGCACGCCUACCCGUCUGUGCGGGAUCCGGGAGAGCGUGCUUGCACGGAAUAUGUGUACCUGAGCUGUGCUGGUGCUGGUGCUGACAGGCAGCCGGAGCUAAAAAGGCUGAAUGGUUUCGAGCCGAGACAUGUGAAGGACGAGGAGUCGGGAAUCAAGGAAUCGGAGCCGCGAAGAGGACGCCACUACUGGCCUCCUGGCUUGGCCAUGACCCUGCUCAGACUAACAACUGGAACAUGGUUCGCCGUCCUCGCCAAACCCCCGCUGCAGCUUCGACGUGCUUGA